CACACACACACACACACACUUACGGUGCGGCGUCUCUACCUGGUCUCUGUUAACGAGGAAACACGUUCAGAGACUUCAAAAAUGAUAUCCCUAACAGAUUCACAGAAGAUCGGAAUGGGACUAACGGGCUUCGGCGUGUUUUUUCUUUUCUUUGGGAUGGUCCUCUUCUUCGACACAGCUCUUCUGGCCAUAGGGAAUAUCUUGUUUGUUGCAGGCCUCUCGUUUGUUAUUGGCUUGGAACGUACCUUUAGGUUCUUCUUUCAGCGGCACAAAAUGAAAGCGACAGGUUUCUUCUUAGGAGGUGUGUUUGUGGUGUUGAUGGGAUGGCCCAUCAUUGGCGUGGUUCUGGAGGUUUACGGGUUCUUUCUGCUUUUCAGGGGCUUCUUCCCAGUGGCGGUGGGCUUUAUCAGAAGAAUACCUAUACUCGGAUCUCUGCUUAAUCUUCCCGGAAUUAGUGGGUUGGUGGAUAAAAUUGGUGAGAGCAACGCCAUGGUAUAAUAAUACAUAAUAUACACAAAUGCAUAUAAAACUAGUUUUCUAGGAGUGAUUGCCACUUGUCAGUACUACUCAUAACUUAAUGGUAACACUCUUGGUGAACAUCAAAAAAGACAAACUUCUCAACUUUGAGACAAAGGUGGCGACACAAAGAGUUGCCAAUUAUGAACGCGGUGUUAUCAGUGGAGAACUGUUAUUCUGGGACACUGAUCCACAGCCCAAAUUGAGCUUGGUGUAGUCACUACACUGCACACCCCAGUUGGAGAGGUAAUGCAGACCUAUUAGACCAACAAAUGGCAUGUUUUGAUGGACUAUCAUGAUGCCCACUGACCAGCAUCUGAAAGGACUGCUGUGGGGAAGAAUGUAGAUGUGCUACUUCAGUACCCCUGUCCCUGUUCUGGCUUUUUGUUGUUUACUUUCUGAGCUGUACAUGGAGGUCUUUUGUUUCUAUCUGAAUGUGUUACUGCAACUUAUACUUUAUAGUGUCAAAUGCUUUUUAAAAUCUGCUGCGCUGAAGCUGUCGCAAGAGAGCCAUGUACUGGGUGAACCACAACUCUCAGCACAUCACCUUCUACUUCAUUGGCUCAGUGAAGAAAUAGUAGCCUUUGUGAAAUACACUGUGUAAAUAUGUAUUUUAAAUGCAUAAGAUUGUUGUACGUUUUUACAUAGAGAAAGCUAUAAUUCAAUAAAGCUUUCAAUGACUGUA